AUGGUCUAUCGAGAUCGUCAAGGUUUAUCACCAACAGGUGAUCCUAUACAAUUAUCAAAUAAUCGCGAUCGUUAUUUAGAUAAUUGUUUUUUAUUAUGUAUCAAUCGUGAUGAUGAUACUGAUGUACCUGAAAUUCGUCGAUUAGAAAAUGAUGUUAUGCGAGAUUUAUGUGACAAAAAUCAAAUAAAACCUCAGCAACAAUCAAAACUUUAUAUACAAGAUCAACGGCGACAACCGACCGAAAACUACGAUUAUGAUGAUGAAGAUAUAAUAAGACCAUCAAAACAAACUAAAGUUCGUGAUUAUGCUUAUAGACGAAAAGAUAAUCAAUAUGAUAGAGAAUCUCAAUUAAUAGCAAAUCGUUCGAAAUAUCAACGAGAUGAUACUAUUGAUAAUUACUAUGCUAAUGAUCAAUAUACACGACCUGGUAAAUAUAAUCAUCGAGAUAAUUAUAAUAUAAUUCAACAUAGCGAUGAUGAAUUAUCUGUCUAUGAAGUAUAUGUACCAACAAAUACAUUAAAUCGUUUAGGAGAUAAACGAACCGGUAAUAAUAUGGUUUUAAUUGAUUAUGAAGAUGUAUCAAUGUUACGUGAUAUACGAGGACCUUCAUCUCCAUAUGGCUACCCACCGCAAAAUCUAUCGUCACAAUAUAAUAACUAUUCACCUGUAAAUCAAUAUCCAUCAGAUUUAACGAGAGAUCGCGAUGGUCAACAACAAUUUUAUCAAAAUACUCCAUUACAACAGCAGCAACAAUUAAAUAAUUAUUAUGUUAAUGAAGGAGAUCGACCUCCUUAUUCACCUCAAUCUGGUCCAUUUGUACCAACAGAUAUUAAUCAUUCAAAUGCAAUUAAUAUUCGUCGACAUAUUUAUUCACCAUCUCAACUUCCACAAGGUCUUACUGAAGGACAACUUGUUAUGUUACUGCAGAAAGGUAGUCAAUAUCAACAACACAAAUGUGAACCAACAACACCGCCAACACAACUUUUUCCUAGUCACAAUGAAGUGCAACCAACAGUAGUCACACUUACUCCGCAAGUUAAUUCAAUGCCAAAUACCAAUAUCGAAGCUUUAAAAACUCCUGCAUAUGUUGCGUCAACACCAAUAAAAAUGCCUCAAGUACCAACACAAUUAGUUGAUCAUCAAAUAAUCAAUGACGAUAAAAUUUCUAUCGUAGAUGAAAUUACAAAACCAAUGAGUACAUUGAAUACAAGAACGUCAAUAAAAAUUUCGAAAGAGUUGGAAUCAAGAGAAGAAAGUAGAGAUAAGAAAAAAGACUCUGGCGGUGAUCAUAAAAAAGACAGUAAAAAAGAAAAAUCAAGUGGAAAAGAUUCCAAGAAGAAAAAGAAAUAA